CGCUGUUCAAUGAAAAAAUACUGAGGCAGCAAUACCUCUUUGGUUCAUCUUUUGGCUGAACCUUGUUGGUUUCAUUAUUUAUACUGACAAAUUCAGGACCUAAACCGUCAAACGACAACCGUCCGUCCUACACAUCAGAGGGCCACUCUAUACCAGUCGGCUUGAAGAGAAGAUUUGAAAAGUGAUUUUCGCUUAAGAUGAAUCAAUUGCUUUUUAUUCAGUUUGGUUUUCUUGUUCUACUUUUUAGCACAACCGAAGCCUCCAUCGAGGUUAGCAUGAAUUCAAAUGACAUGAUAAAUGGGUCUAUCUCAGAUAAAUCUACCGCUUGCUACGGUGAUUUGGGCUGUAUUAGCACCUUCAAUUUCGCUAAUCCAUUGCUAUGGCCGACUGACUUGUUGCCUGAAUCAAGGACUAAGAUUAAUACGUAUUUCACGCUCUAUACAAGAGACAUGCUGCCUAACUUACCACCGAAGUCACCUUUUAUUCGAAUAUCCGGACAAGAUCCGGAUGGAAUAAAAAGAACCUCAUUCAGCGCAACUCGUCCAACAAAGUUUUACAUCCACGGAUGGCGUGCAACCGGAAACGAAGGCCGCAUUCUUUACCAACUUAUACCCAAAUUAUUAGCAUAUGGAGAUUUCAACGUCAUCAUUGUUCAUUGGGGUGGAGGUUCAAAAGCCAGUUAUGAUCAAGCUAUUGCCAACACUCGUCUCGUUGGUUUUGAAAUUGCUUUCCUUGUCAAAACCAUGGUGGACCAACUCAAUGUCAAGCUAUCAGACAUUCAUUUGAUUGGACACAGCCUUGGAGCACAUACAGCCGGUUAUGCCGGGGAAAAAAUUGCUGACCUUGCCUUGGGCCUCGCUGGUCAAAUCACUGGUUUAGACCCUGCCGGACCAUUUUUCCGUCUAGUGCCAUUCUAUGCCCGCUUAGAUCCUAGCGAUGCCCAAUUUGUUGACGUUAUCCACACUGAUGGAGGGACCCUAGGUGCUGGUCUAAUGGAACCUUUGGGACAUCUGGACUUUUAUCCUAAUGGAGGAAUGCGUCAGCCCGGUUGUAAUCCUUCCAACUGGCCAUCCAUCCUAGCGGAUCCUACCGCGAUUCUGUCAGAUGUCAUCGCUUGCGAUCACACUCGAGCCAUUUACCUUUUCAUCGAUUCGCUCAUUCCUGUCAUCAACUGUAAAACCAUAGGAUACAAAUGUACCGACUAUGACUCAUUCAACAAAGGCAAAUGCGACACUUGUGGCUCGGACAGCACGCAAUGUGCACCGUUUGGCUUAGAAGCAAAAAAACUACCGACAAACGUCAAACUUUACUUCAACACUGGCGGAAAUGUUCCAUACUGCAGAUCGCAUUAUGCAGUCAGCGUUGAUUUGGCAAAGCCAUCCGAUGCUAAACCGACAGUUUACGGAGACCUGAGAUUAGUUAGCGCCUUACCAGAAGACACACUGUCGUUCCGGAAUUUGCAGCAUGGAAUGAUUCACAAAUUCCUCUUUACUCUCUCUCCAACAGCGAUUGCUGUUAACACAAUCGAUGCUCAUUGGACUUAUAAUGUUUUAGCGGGCGGUCCGUUAGAUUGCCCUUUUGGGGGGGAUUUGGGAGUUUUUGUGUAAUACGAAGCUGUACGCCAACAGCAUCACCAUUUCAGCGCUAAACAACUACCCUGAAUCAAAUAGGAUCGCCAACACUUUCAAAAACUGUCCUCUGCAGAAACCUUAUGGUGUCAUCAAGUCUGGAUCUUUUUUGGGUUUUUCUGUAAGCAAGUGUUAAUGAAUAUUCCAGAUAAAUCAACAGUCAAAUUUUGGACUCGGGGAACUUGAACGUAGGCCUAAUUUAUUGACCAACUAGUGGUUUAUUAUUUUUGCAAGUCGGUGGUGGUAUUUGGUAUAUGGUCAAUGGUGUCCUAUUUCACACUUCAUUUCAAGCUUCAGUUAUUAACUUCUUUCAUGGAAAUACAUAAGCUAUAAUUGCA